AUGUGGAAAAAGGGAACCAUCUGCGUGGUGGCCGAUGCGGCAGAGGUAACCGUAAAAAUAGUCCCUGACUAUCCCGGUAGCUCGAGCUUUGUUAUCCACUGUGAAUCAGGAGAUGAUGAUCUCGGGGGCCACAUUGUCGUGCAGGGGAGCUUGUACAGCUUCAAGUUCAGCCCCAAUGCAUGGGGGAUGACACUGUUCCAUUGCGCUGUGGAACGGGAGGGAAAAGGGCUCUCCUUCGAGAUGUACAACGAGAAUAGGGAUCUCAUCAGCAGGUGCGAAAAAAUAUGCCUGUGGAAGGUCAGGCCAGACGGCGUUGCAGGAUUCGCGGAGCAUUGGGACAACCCCGACUUAUACUUCCCUUGGACAAGAUGA